UUUAAGUGGUUUAAAUAGUUUUAAUUGUUGAUAUUUAUUUAAUAUGAAGAUGUUACAUCAUUGCACAACAAAAAAACCUCAACUAGAAACGAUAGUAGUGGGGCAUUAUGUUUUCUGGUCCGUUCGUCCGUCCGUUCGUUCGUCCGACUGUCCCGCUUCAGGUUAAAGUUUUUGGUCAAGGUAGUUUUUGAUUAAGAUGUAGUACAAUCAAAUUCAAACUUAGUACACAUGUUCAUUAUGAUAUGAUCUUUUUAUUUUAAAGUCAAAUUAGACUUUUGACCGCAAUUUCACAGUCCACUGAUCAUAGAAAAUAAAAGUGUGAGUUUCAGGUUUGAAGUUUUUGGUCAAGGUAGUUUUUAAUGAAGUUGAAGUCCAAUCAAUUUGAAACUUAGUACACAUGUUCCCUAUGGUAUAAUGCAGAAUUAGUUUUUUUUCCAAUUUCACGGUCCAUUGAACAUGGAAAAUGAUAGUGCGAGUGGGGCAUCCGUGUACUUUGGACACAUUCUUGUUUAUAUAUAUACUUUGAGAACUAAAAAUACCCAACCUAAUGAAAGUAUCAUGCAAUGGAAAUGACCCCAAAAUGAACUGUUACCCCUUCCCCUCCAAAAAAAAAAGAGAAGAAGAAAUAUCAACAUUUCCACUUGAUCAACAUGGAAGUGAGGUGCAUAUGUAAACAGGAGACAAUAUUUGUGAAAGUACAAAAAAACAUAAAUGUUAAUGUGUACCUGUUAUUUGUACGAGAGAAGGAUGAUCUGUUUAUUUUUAUCAUUCUCGGUCCUUUACAAUGUACGAAGGUGUGUUAUGUCCACGCAAUUCUUUUUUUGUAUUUCUUCCUAUGAAAAAAUAGUCUGAAGGAAUAGAUAAAAUUCAUUUUUAAAUAUGCCAAUAUUUAUUGAACAACAAUAUUUCCAAUUUCCACAUAGUACAACGAAAUAACAAUUGUAAAUAUUAAAAAAGUGACUGCACACAUAAAACCAAUAAGGAUAUUAUUGGUUCGACUUUACGAAGUAUGUGCCUCGCUUUGAAAGACUUUUACAGAAAACGAUAUCGUUUACAGAGUUUCAAAUAGCACAUAGUACAUGAACCCCCUAAAUGGCCUUGAAAAGGGUGUGCAUGAUUGAUUACGAGAAAGAUUUACAUUAUAUAAGUACACGGAAGUUAAUUCGAGCUGAAUAGCGAGCAAUAGUUCAACUCGUGGCAGCACACACCAAAUUUACAACACGACAGGUUUCUUUAUGAAUGAAAUUCAAUACGAAUGACAAAAUUUUGGAGACAAUAGAGAAACUGCACAGGUAUUAUUAUCUUGGAUUAAUUAAAAACACAAAAUUAAUGUGAGAUGACUAGCAUAUUUAACAUGGUUUCCUUCUAGUUAUUAUCGACGAUUGUUAUAUUUGUCCAGUAUAAAUGUGAUAGAAAAUAGUUUAGCCAAAGUCCAGUGGCAAAUAUAACAAACACUUUUCCAGAACAUGGUUUAACAAAUAUUCAAAUAUAUAAGUAAUAUUAAAACAGUGAAUGGAGCAGGAUGGAGUGUGCAAAGUUUGAAUAGUUACGUGAGGCGGAGAGCAUUAGUAUCAGGCUACAAAAAAAGCACAGACAAUUCAAAGAGUUUGUACAAUGUUCUGAUGAUGAAAUACAGACUCUGUGUAGCUGUCGUUGGGGAGGAUAAUAAUGGUUCUACAACUGAGACAGUUUCGUAAUCUAGUGAUAGGAGUGUUUGUCAUAGCUAUCUGUUUACAUUUCAUUAGCAUUAGUGAUAUCUUUCACUACCACUGGACCACCCAACCAAGGUCUGCGGAAACAAGUCAAAUUCCACAAAGAAAUGACAUCACAAAAAGAGACAUUAAACAGGAAUCGCAAGUAAAACCACAGAAUGGUACAUUGAACGUUAGUACUGAACAAGAGUUAAUAAACUACUUAGCCAAAUACCUAGAUGUGAUAUGGACGGUCAAAGAUGAUCCAAACUACAAUACUGAGCACAUAUUAUUCUUAAAAAAUACAGGACCAAAAAGGAUUUCACAUACAGAUUGGAAAAUCUACUUCUCUCAGACGAGCGUUCUGAAUCCAAACCUGAAAAAUAUAAAUGAUUCAUAUCCUAAAAAUGUUGUAAUUGGAGAGAAUCAGAAUUUCAUCUUGACGCACCUUUCCGGUUCACUUUAUUGCAUUUAUCCACGCAACGCAUUUUUCAUAUUCUUCGAAGCAGGAAGUAAAAUAAAAUUUCCACUCAGAGCAACCAAACUACAAAGAUCUAGGACAAAUUCAUUUCCUAAUUGGUACGUUGUCGGUUCAAAAUCAAAACCAAAAAUUAUUGAAAGCACCAAAGGAGAAAAUUUAAAUUUUGUAAAACAAUUUGGAAGUCAGCUGACAUCAAAAGAACUGUUUACAAUACAUACUAAUCACACUGACUUAAAGGGGACUCACAAAUAUGUCGUCCCUUCACCGGAGGAGAUAGUUGUAAUGUCUAUUGAUACCAUACUGUUUAAACCAGAAGAGUGGACGAUACAGACAUCUGACGAAUUUCCAGACGAAGUGAAGUACUUAGCAGAUGCCCUUAAAGUAAAAGUUGCUACAACCCCAUCUCAAAAUAAAGUGAUAAAGUUUGUAAAAGGAAAGCCGAUCUUUAAGAACACUAAAUCAGCAGAAAGUGACGAAUCAUACGAGCUACAGAUUGACGGGAAGUCGAUACAAAUUCAGAUAACAGCUACUUCCGGUCACGGUGUAUUCAAUGGUGUCCAAACAUUACUCAGCAUGGCAGACACAACAAAAGUGUCUGGUUCUAUUGUAUUAAAAAGUGUGACUAUAAAAGAUAGACCAAGAUUUAGAUAUCGUGGUGUAAUGUUGGACGUUGCUAGAAACUUUCAUCCGAAGGAAACAAUCUUUAAACUUCUUGAUCUGAUGGCUAUUUAUAAAUUAAACAAGUUCCAUUUUCAUCUGAGUGAUGAUGAAGGCUGGAGGCUAGACAUACCUGAUAUACCGGAACUGACACAGUUAGGAUCUAAAAGAUGUCACGACGAAUCAGAAACGGUAUGUCUCAUGCCUUCUUUCGGAUCCAGGCCGAACAUUGACGAUCAAGGUCCGGCAUUUUACAACAUAAGUGACUACAGGGACAUUCUCAAGUAUGCAAAUGAACGCCAUAUUCAAGUUAUACCGGAAAUAGAUAUGCCAAGUCACAUGCGCGCUGCAUUAAAAUCCAUUUCACUGCGUGCAAGCCACAAAGGAACACCACGUGACCAGUACAAAAUGACUGACAAGACUGAUGGUAACAACUACAGGUCGGCCCAAGGAUAUAAUGAUAAUAUUUCUAAUCCAUGUCGUGACGGCCUAUACGCUUUUGUAAAUAUGGUUAUAGGAACUAUUGUCGAAGCACACAAAGACAUACAGCCAUUAACAUUGAUUCAUUUUGGAGGAGAUACAAUACCUAAACCCGCACUACAGGCUAUGAAAUGCAAAGACAACACAACUGAUUUAUCGCUAUUAUUUAUACAGCGUCUUUUUCAAAAGAAACAAUUUACCAAUAUGUCUUUCGGAGCAUGGGAGGACAGUUUUCUAAAACCAGACAAAACACCGUAUACUGUAGAGAGCUUGGGUAGUAUUACACAACAAAACAGAAGUGUGUAUGCCUUUGUAUAUCAGGAAGAAAAUAAUGCAGUGUUUAAACUGGCCAAUUUAGGAUACAAGGUUAUAAAUAGCCCAGCUUCCUUAUACCAUUUUGACCACCCUUACAAUAAAGAUACAGACGAAAGGGGAUUGAAAUGGGCAACUGAAUUCAUCAACACAAAACUGGUUUUUGCAUUUGAUCCAUUGAAAGGGAAGGAUGGCUAUGGUGAAUUAAAGAAACCUGAAAAUAUUGUUGGAAUACAGGCACAUAUGUGGACAGGACUGGUACAAUCAACAGACCAGCUUGAAUAUAUGAUGUUUCCUAGGUUGAUUGCAUUUGCAGAAAGGGCGUGGCAUCAUGCUUCAUGGCAUGAUACAAACAACGUGACAGAUAUGGAACGUGAUUGGAUAGAAUUUAUAAAUCACCUAGUCUAUAAAGAAUUUUCAAAGUUAGAUAAGCUAAAUGUACAUUACAGAAUACCGCCACCUGGUGCAAUAAUACAGAACGGAAAAUUACAUGUAAAUACCUAUUACCCCGGGAUGACUGUUGAAUAUAGUGUAAAUAAUCCAGGUCAAGCUAAACAGUGGUAUAAAGUUACAGGCGACGAAACAUUAUCGGAACCGAUUAUACUUAGAACAAUGUCAACAGAUGGUAAACGUCAUAGCAAAGAAAUAGAGUUAGAUAGAUCAAUUUGGUAAUUAACUCGAAAAAUUCUGCGCCCUCUACUGGCGAAUAUCAUCGAGGAGUUAUAUUUAUGUAGCAAUCGGAGAUUAGUCGGAGAUCUGCGUAAUAUAACGACUUACAUUAUGCGGGUUUAUUAUACUGUAAAUUCAGAAUUUUUUGCGAGAUUUUCAUUAUUGCGAAAAAUGCGACAGAGUUGUCACAGUAGCAACAGUUUAAACUCGCAUUUUGAAAUAUUUUAUAUGAUUUAAACGGGAUUUUUCUCAGAAUCGUAAAAAUUAAAAUCGCAUUUAAGUCUUAAAUGAAGAACUGCAAUAAUAAAUACACGCUAUAAUAUCUGAAUUUACAGUAUAUUCGGUUGUCAUCGAAACGAAGGGUAAUAAUUGAUUCAGCAGAUAAAUUGUCGAAACGCCUUAUAUAUUAAAGUCUAGAGAGGGAAUACAUCAUAAAGAAUAAUUGACCAAAAACAAGUAAUAGAGUUCUCAACUUAAAAGAAUAGAGUUUUGAAAAAUAUAAAAAAAGCCUUAUACAAUUACAAAAUACAUAAUUAAAGGACCUCCUAAUCCAGCUACUCUUAUAUUGGAAUCACGUGCUUGCCAAAUAAAAUUAUACAAUUGAAUUGUGACCCUCCUCAUAGUAUGAUCUCAGGUUUGAUGAAUCAAAUUAGAAAGACUGAUUAGAAUAGUAUACGACUUGUAGUGUGCAACAAAGGCUUAUACGACUUGUAUUAUGCAACAAAGGCUGAUACGACUUGUAGUGUGCAACAAAGGCUUAUACGACUUGUAGUGUGCAACAAAGGCUUAUACGACUUGUAGUGUAAAACAAAGGCUUAUACGACUUGUAGUGUGCAACAAAGGCAUAUACGACUUGUAGUGUGCAACAAAGGCUUUUACGACUUGUAGUGUGCAACAAAGGCGUAUACGACUUGUAGUGUACAACAAAGGCUUUUACGACUUGUAGUGUGCAACAAAGGCUUAUACGACUUGUAGUGUGUAACAAAGGCUUAUACGACUUGUAAUGUGUACCAAAGACUUAUACGAUUUGUAGUGUGCAACAAAGGCUUAUACGACUUGUAGUGUGCAACAAAGGCUUAUACGACUUGUAGUGUGUAACAAAGGCUUAUACGACUUGUAGUGUGCAACGAAGGCUUAUACGACUUGUAGUGUACAACAAAGGCUCAUACGACUUGUAGUGUGCAACAAAGGCUUAUACGACUUGUAGUGUGCAACAAAGGCUUAUACGACUUGUAGUGUGCAACAAAGGCUUAUACGACUUGUAGUGUGCAACAAAGGCUUAUACGACUUGUAGUGUGUAACAAAGGCUUAUACGACUUGUAGUGUGCAACAAACAACAAAGGCGUAUACGACUUGUAGUGUGUAACAAAGGCUUAUACGACUUGUAGUGUGCAACAAAGACUUAUGUAUGGGACAUUGCUGCUACAUGUAACAGUGUAUAGAUACAUGCAUUUGAUAUAUUGAUAU